AUGAACACCUUAUUCGUGAGACCUCGUGUGUCACUACCAAAAAUGGCUGAUGACGAACGGCUGGUAAUCGUCUUUGCCCUGGACUACCUGUUGGGAACGAGAGCUGGAGAUGGAUCAAAGCACACCAGAGGGCGAAAUAUCGGCUACCUCUGCUCACAGGGAAAAUUACGAUCGAAAUUGGACUGGAUUUUGAAGGGAGGGGCGCUGAAAGUGUCACUCAUCGGCGGCCCUCGUCCCAAUCCUGAAGAGUGUCUGUGCUUCAGAAAUCUGUUGCAUCUUUAUCGUAGGGAUGACAGUAUAUUCACAGAGAGCGCACCGAAAAUUACCAUUCAAUUCAAUUUCGCGCUGGAUGAUACGCGCCAGUACGGUUCACUCUCACGGUCCACCACGCAGUUGGGUGAUUCACUGCAUGAAACCCCGGCGCCAACGAGAAAAGAAAUCGCUGAUGUUGUUCCUGCGGACCGUGUGGACGGUGAGACAGAAAGAUCAUCACAACGGAAAGAAUCGCGGAAAGAGGCGCGAAGGGAGGACUCGGAUACAGCCCUGACAGACCAAGAAGAAGUGCUGCCGCCUAUAAUCAAAAAGAAACCGACACCGAUCACGACUCCGAUUCUUCACCAGAAGAUUGACCGCGUCAUCGAGCAGGAAUCACCACGUCAAAAUCUUCCUAUCAGCUAUGCAUUGCCUCUUAAAGAAGCCAGGGUUUCCAACGUACCACGAUCCGUUUACGCUGCUCUUUCAAAUGUGCAGUUUCCUGGAAUAUUCGAUCGUGAAGGUGAUCCACCAGUGAUGGUGGACGUCACAUCAACAACUCUUCCCAGUAGAGCUGUCGAGAUCAACGACGGACUAAAUACGAAUGAAAUUAUUGUCCAGUUUAUGGCAUUUAAACGCCUGAACAAGCAUGAAGUGCCGCCGAUACGAAAACUGUUCUUCACACACGUUGCAGUUCUACCGGAUUCCAGCAAGUCACCACCGAAGAGCUUUUACUCUCGGAAUCGAAAUAACACCAACGGCGAACCGAGCAUUUUGAUGCGACUGAAUCAGAAUGGUGAAGAACAGAAAGAAAAUGGAGCUGGCUUUGCAGUGAGUAAUACUUUUAACACUUUUAAGAAGCAGGGUAUGCUGUUCUCGGGAAUCUCCGCACAGCUCUGUCGAAAAAUGCGGGCUAGAUACGACCCUCCUUAUGAAGGGUUCCUCAUUUUUUGUUAA